UUUCCCUCGCACGCUACACCCGAAUUCCAGACGCUUUCUGGCUUCGCCGCUGCAUGGACUCAGAGCACAGGUUCUUGGCCGUACCCAGCGGAGGCAGCCGGGGCUUCCCUCAGCUCCAGGGAGUCGACCAUGAAGAUGUGGAUUGUGUUUUUGCUUUGCGUCUCGGUUUUCCCAGGCUUUUCCCAGGGCAGAGUUGUCGGAGUGCAUGAAACUGGUUUUGCCGAGUGUAACGUGUUCUUCCCCGGAAAAGUGCCCCCCGAAGGAUUUACGGAGCCCUUCCACGUGAAAAUCUGUCAGCAGUACAACAAAGAGCCACGCUUCGCAACCCUCUAUAGUACUAAGGACAAAAUCCCUCUUUAUUCAGCUUUUAAGUAUACAAAGCCAGCCCAAAACGAGGAGGAGAACUGGCUGGUCGAGCCGCAGAUAGAUGAUCCAGAAAAUGACCUGCAUGAGAUGGUGCAUGAAGCUGAUAUUGUUGGCACCGUGGCCAACCUUGGUGCAAAUCAAGCCCUGACCUCAGACUACGUGGGCUCCGGUUAUGAGAGAGGGCUGCUCAAUCCCAGCUUGCUCAAUGAGGAGGAUUUCCAGAUGGCCACUUACACGCUCACGAACGCCGUGCCUCUGAGCUCGUCUCUGAGCAAAAGCUGGCACGGAGACAUCAGAAAGGUAGUGGAGCAAGCUCUAGUCCCUCACUGCUCCAAGAAGGAUCAUCUGUAUCUCCUCGCAGGUGCAAUUCCUUCCAGUGUCCGAGUGAAAGGCAAGGUAUCAGUGCCAGAGGCCCUCUGGCUGGCAGCCUGCUGUGAUGCUCCAGAGGGAUGGUCCCUGGGACUGGUGAAGAGAGUGAAUGAUGAAAACAGCUUGGCAGACCUCACAGUGGGAGAGCUGGAAAGGCAGCUUCUAGCAGGAGUUGACUUGUUCAAGGGCAGCUGUGGGGAAGACAACCAGGAGAAAGCAGAAGCAGUACUGCAAGCUGUCGGUCAGAUCCGCUCUGGAGAGCAAGUAGGAACGAGUGACGACCAGGAGGCCAAAGACAGUGGCUUUGUGAGGAAAGUGGCUGGCAUCAUUGCUACUCCUUUCAUCAAGCUUCUGGAACUCCUUAUCUAUGUGUUUGUGGAGCUGGUGAAAUUUGUGUUUUAUUUUCUGUGGUUUGUUAUCAAGCGGAUUUUCAGCACAGUUCUGAAUGGAGUCUGUAGCCUGUGGAGCGGAGUGGUGUCCUACCUUAAAGCCAUCAGCAUGGUGCUCAUCAGCAUCCCCUACGAUGUGGGAAGAGUCAUCGUCAACAUUUCCCUGGGCUUUCUGCAAAUUGUUCAAGAUGUAGUGUCCAUCACCUACAGGAUCCUGUGCAUCCCUGUGGGGUUCAUCCUUCACCUCGCUGCUUUCCCUUACCACUCCAUCUGUGCCAUCCCCUCCGUCCUCAAAGACAUGGCCACUGGCAUUGGGGGCACCUUCUCGCUGGUCAUCGAUGCCACAGCCACACUUCUGCACGGCUUUUAUUACCUGGUUGGUCACAUAGUCAAACGGUUUGUCCCUAAAGGCUCCUCUGAUGACUGA